AUGAUGCAAAAGGACAAAAUGGGCGAACGUGGACAAACGAACGAGACGAGCGGCCCCGCAGAUUGGCUGCGAACGCCUGCAAGGCAGGCGGGCAUCUGCUACCUACCUAGUUACUUUGUGCCUGGUGACCAGCCUCUGUCAGCCGGUGAGCCAACGGGCCUCCUCAUCCUCUCUUUUCUCCAUCCACAACACGGAUUGCACGGAUCCCUUCAUCACGCCAGUCGUCUCAACCACACCUACCACAACGCUGAUGAGGAUCACAUCAGCCAGCUUCCCUCCGCCCCGCUGCGUCUAUUGGUCCGUAUCCGCCUCGUCGUAGAAAGCCUGGGUGCGCCAUCAUCAGCCAAAGCCAAGACUCACCACGGCACCGCUGUCGAUAGAUGGUCCUUUCCGCCCACGGUGGGCCGCCGCAAGGGUAAACAUGGAUGGUCAAACAUACCAAUCAAUUGCUCAACAAGAACAGAGUUUCUGCGGCCCCCGGAUGGGAUGCCCAUGCCAGGAUGCGCCAAGUUGAGUUCUAGCCCACACCUCCAUGGUCCCAAUGGCCCAACUCUUCAACCUACCAUGACCAGGGGCCGCCAACUCCCGCUAGCCCACACCCUCUUGCAGCCCACCCAUAGCCACGUUUCCGGGACCAUGGGCGGGCUUAGGGCCUCUUUGGGAUAUCCUUUUAUUUCCCCAUCCCGUACCGCGCCCUGGGAAUUCUCCCCGUCCCAUGGCAAGGCUGCCCGCGCAAGCCUCAGCUCCUCCCCGUCGCCUCUUGGCUUGCCCAGGGCGAAACUAUACAAGAACCGCCUUGCCUGGGCCUUUCGUCACGGACCAUAG